UCUACCUGUGAUAACUUACCAGGUAGAAGAAUCUCAUAUGUUUGAUUGGGAAACUUUAGACUUCAGUCAGCCCAGAAGAAAUGAUAACAAGGCAGCUCUACCCAUAGAUAGGCACAGAGGAUCAGACAAGAAGAAAGGAGGUAAAUUCCAGCCUUUUAAGAAGUUGUUUGGCAGAAGGAAAAAGAAAGACGCUUUGUGGUCCCAGGAGGCGUCAGCAGGGAAUAAGAAUCACUCUCCGCAGAGUGUCAGCAAUGGGAACUUCUCUUCAGAUGAGGAGACCUUGGAAGACAAUCUGAGGUCCUUCAACUAUUCUAUGGGAACCCGGGCAUUUUCCCAUGACAGUAUUUUUAUCCCUGAUGGGGGAGCAGAAAGUGAGCAGACAGUUCAAGCAAUGUCACAGGACAACAUCCUGGGCAAAGUCAAAACUCUUCAGCGACAGUUGAGCAAAAACAUCAAGUUUGGGCGGCCACCACCCACUGCCAUUCCCAUGAAGAAGGCAGACAGUGGUGAGGCUAGCUUAGAAGAGGAUCUGUUCCUGACCAGUCCCGUGGAAAUUGUGACUCACGAGGACAUCAUCCUCUCAGACACCGAGAACAAACCCAGUGACACUCCAAGUUCUCGGAGUCCUCCGAAUCGGCCUGGAGCCAGAAGUGAGAUGGAAGAGAAGGUGGCUCCAGUUAAACCGUCUCGGCCAAAAAGGCACUUCUCUUCUGCUGGAACCAUCGAAAGUGUCAACCUAGAUGCCAUCCCCCUGGCCAUCGCUCGCCUGGACAACAGUGCCGCCAAGCACAAAUUGUCCGUAAAGCCAAAAAACCAGAGGGUGUCCAAGAAGCACCGGUGGCUUGCCAGGGAUCGACCAAAUGAACAUGGUGGCCUUCCGCGUCAGCCCUCCCUGGACCAGAACGGACACUCUGGAGAAGACAAGCCAAUUUGGCACGAAGAGGAACCAGAGCUGCUAGACUCUGAAGAAGAGAAGAGAUGCCAAGAAGAAUACUGGCUAGAGCUUGAGGCCAAAUGCAAACGGCAGAAGGCCGAGGCAGCUGAGAGGAGACGUCUGGAAGAGCAGAGACUCCAGGCCUUGGAGAGGAGGCUUUGGGAAGAGAACAGAAGCCAAGAGCUCUUGGAGGAGGAAGGAGAGGACGAGCAGGGAGAGGAGACAGAACUACAGCUGGAGGCAGGAAAGAGGCCGCACGAAGAGGAGAGGCAGAGACUGGGAGAGCAAGGUGGCCAAGGCCAAGAGCCGAGGGAGCAAGAGGAAGGAAGGCACCCGGAGGCCCAAGAGCAGGCGGUGUGCGGCGGGCAGGAGGCGGAGAAGCAGCGGCAGCUACAGGAAGAAAAAGAACUGAAGGAGCUCAGGAGGCAUGGGGAGGAGGAGCAGCGGCGGCGGGAGGAGCAGCACAGGCGGAUGGAAGAGGAGCAGCGGCAGCGGGAGGAGGAGCAGCAGCGGCGGCUGGAAGAGGAGCAGCGGCGUUUGGAAGAGGAGCAGCGGCGGCGGGAGGAGGAGCAGCUGCGUUUGGAAGAGGAGCGGCGGCGGCGGGAGGAGGAGCAGCGAGAAUGGGAGAAGCGGCAGCUGGAAGAGGAACAGCGCCGGCAGGAGGAGGAGGAGCAGCGGGAAAGGGAGGAGCAGCGGGAAAGGGAGGAGCAGCGAGAAUGGGAGGAGCAGUGGCGGCUGGAAGAGGAAGAGCGCCGGCGGGGGGAGGAGCAGCGGCGGCUGGAAGAGGAAGAGCGCCGGCGGGAGGAGGAGCAGCAAGGAUGGGAGGAGCAGCGGCGGCAGGAGGAGGAGCAGCGGCGGGGGCCGGAGGAAGCGGCCAAAGGAAGGGCGGAGCUGGGGAAGCGUGAGGAAGUGGACGCCGCGAGGCGGCAGGAAAUGGAGCGUUGGGAAGCCGCGAGAGUGCGCGAGGAGAGGUGGCCGCAGCUGGACGACAAAAGGGGCUUGAGCCCACUUCACGUCGACUUUGCAGAGAAACCUGGGAAACGAGAGCACCUGCAGCCCGAGAAGCAACGAGAAAGCUCCGAGGAAUCCAGGAUUUGCGAGAAGCAGAGUCAGGAGGCCGAGGCAGCCGGCGAGCUGCAGGGACGGCGCGGGGCUGGUCCUGGGCAUGGCCGUCGUGCUCGUCCGGAACAGAGACCAGAAACUAGCGCGCAGCCUCCCCAGAAACACCAGGCGCAAGUGGAAGAGACUCCCGGGGAGAGAAAGGACGCCGCCUUUCAGACAGACAGAAAGGGGGAGGAACUCCGGUGGCAGGAGGUGGACGAGAGGCAGAGCAUGCCCAGGCCCUACACUUUCCAGGUAUCAUCGGGAGGGAAACAGAUUCUCUUCCCCAGAGUCAAUUUGAGCCCAGUGACACCCGUGAGAGAUGCGGGACUGGCCUCCGCUCCCCACGCGCCGAAGAACCCCCGAGCCAGCCCGGCCGCCCAAGCCCUGCCCUCCUCCCUGAGUGUCCCCCACACAGCCAUUCUGGUGACGGGCGCGCAGCUUUGCGGCGCGGCGGUCAACCUGAGCCAGAUCAAGGACACGGCAUGCAAGUCUCUCCUGGGCUUGUCAGAAGAAAAGAAGCACGUGGAUGUCCCUGCGCUGGAGAACGCAGCCCGCGCGCCUGUCGAGCCCCGGGCAGGCAGCGGGAAGGUCAGGGCCCCCCAGGAGUCUCCGAGCAGUGUGGCCGCGCUAGCUGAGUGGGCUUCCAUUCGGUCCAGGAUCCUGAAGAGCGCGGAGGGUGAGCCGCGCAGCGAGAGAGGCCGGUCUCGGCCCGGUGAUGAGCACGCUCCCAGGGCCCGCAGUGAUUCCCGCGGGAACCUCCGGAAGACCCCCCCAGUAAGUGCGAAGUUCUCUAUUAUGCCCGCUUGGCAGAAAUUCUCUGACGGUGGCACCGAGACCUCCAAACACAACACAGAAGCAGAGAGCAUUAGAAAAAGACCCUCGCCGGGAGCCGGCGACGGAUCGGUGCCCCAACCCCUGGCUACUAAUGAGCUCCCCAAGGGCGCGGAGAAACCAGAGCCAGCAGACACCACAGAGGGGUGCAAAUUUGCCAAAGACCUCCCGUCUUUCCUUGUCCCAAGCCCUGCUUACCCGCCUCACAAAGCCGUGGCCCAUGCAGAGCCCAUGGCCGCUUCGGACAGUGAGACCACCAGCGGGAGAGGAAAGCCAGACCCCUCGAUGCCUGGCCAGGAGGAAAAAGCCUCACCUUUCGGAAUAAAAUUGAGAAGGACCAACUACUCCUUGCGCUUCCACUGCGACCAACAGACAGAACAGAAGAAGAAGAAAAGGCACAGCAGCACCGGGGACAAUGCCGAUGGCAGCCCACCCGCACCAGGGAGCGCAAAAGGAGAGGGGACGGAAGCCGUGGCCCCCAAGCAUGGCCCGGCCCUGCCCCCCGAGAGGAAGCCAGCCCUGUCCGCCUGGAAGGACUCGGCCACAAGAGCCCACCCUUCUUCCGCGGCCCCGCCGGCCGGCAGCCAGACCCCCGCCGCAGAGCACGACAAGGCGGCCAACAAAAUGCCCCCGGCGCAGAAGCCAGCGCUGGCCCCCAAGCCCGCCGGUCACACGCCCCCCUCGUCCCCACUCUCCAAACUGAGCAGGCCCUACCUGGUAGAGCUGCUGGCCCGCCGCGCGGGGAAGCCGGACCCGGAGGCUCCCGAGAGCAAUGAGCCCCGGCCGCCGCCGCCGCCGGCGUCCGCGGAGCUGAGGCGGACGCACCAGAGGGAGGAGGAGGAGGAGGAGGAGGAGGAGGAGGAGGAAGUGGAGGAAGUGGUGGAACUGGAGCGCAAACCCGCUUCCCCGGCCCUGCCGGCCGCUCGGCCGGAGAAGCCUUCCCAAACCCCCGAGGCCGGGAGGAAAGAAAAGCCGGUUCUUCAGAGCAGGCACUCUUUAGAUGGCUCCAAACUUGCGGAGAAAGUUGAAACGGUGCAACCACUGUGGAUAACAUUAGCACUGCAGAAGCAGAAGGGGUUUCGAGAGCAGCAAGCAACUCGAGAGGAGAAGAAGCAAGCCAGGGAGGCCAAACAGGCCGAAAAGCUCUCCAAAGAGAACGUCAGUGUCAGCCCACAGCCUGGAAGCAGCAGCGUGAGCAGGGCGGGGUCCCUGCACAAGCCCACCACCCAGCCGGAAGAGAAGAAGCCAGAGACGGCAGCGUCCAGGCUUGAGCGCAGAGAACAGCUGAAAAAGGCCAACACCCUUCCUACAUCUGUGACAGUGGAGAUCUCGGAUUCAGCCCCUGCCGCACCGCUGGUGAAAGAAGUCACAAAGAGGUUCUCAACCCCAGAUGCUGCCCCCGUGUCAACAGAACCAGCCUGGCUGGCUUUGGCCAAAAGGAAAGCCAAGGCCUGGAGCGACUGUCCACAGAUCAUUAACUCUGGAUAAUACCCCAGUAAGGGUGGAGAACAGGGGCAGCAGUCAGGUCACUGAUGAAGAAUCCUAGAUGAGCCCACCGCUCCUGGCUCACGGAGCACCGAGCACAUACGAAGUAGGAGAAGAUACCUCAGUUACAAAGUUUCUCUUAAAGUCUCCAAAAGUAAAAGAGGACGCUGCGGACAGCACGGUUGGUCGCAGCACCCCCAGCAACUUUUAAAGGGUACAUGUUUAGUAUUUCAUGUAAAAUAACUCCAAAUUUGCACUAAAUACCAAUGAAGUGUUAUUUUGCUUUAGUUGCGUUGCAGUCUUUUCUGAUCAACAAACUAUGGGGGAAAUUCUGUAAAAAGACUUUUUUUUAAAUGAAUAAUUGCGAUGUUAAAUUUUUUUUUUUUAACUUAAACAUACACUUCUCUUGGCAAAGGUAACAGAUUAAUCUCUGUUCAUAAACAUAUAUAUAUAAAAUGAGCUUUUUGUUUACUUUUUUAAUUUUUCAAGUGCAAUUCUUACACAUUAAGUUAUUUUAGCCAGUUAUCAGCAAAUUAUAGUAUGUAUUGUCUCUUCUUGUGACAUUUAGUUUAAUUGCUUAUUUUAAAGCAGAAACAUUAGUUACAAGUGUCUUGCCAUAUUUUUACCAAUAAUAAAAUUAAGUAGAAACGAUGGAAAAUAGUGUGAUUUUAAUAUUAUUUUGAGAUUUUUGGUUUUGGUAUAAAGAUUUAAUGUAAAAUGUCCACUAUUGAAGGAAAGUGAUCUUUCAAUAAAAAAUACCUAUGAGAUCUUCAGCAUUGACGUAAUUUCCUUUUCAAGUUGAAGUUUUUGCCAAUUUCAAUGACCAUCUAAAAGCAAGCUCAUAUUUACAUAACUUUUGUUGAGAAAGAAACAUUUAAAGGCAUUUUAUGUGCUACCUUCUAUUUUUUACUAGAUGUCAUAAAGUAAUGAGUAGGGGCAAAUAAAAUGUUUAUCUCAAUCCUAAAUUGGAAUUGAAUGGUCUGCAUCUCAGAGAAAAUACCACCACACAGCCUCCUUACUCCACAUGUGAGCUGUAGAACCCAGCGAUGGCUGGGGCUGA